CAGAAUAUGAUAGAAAUAUUUAAAAUAUAAAAAAAAAACACGCAAGUUUUUUACGCAAAAAUAUAUAUUUACGCAACUGACCACAUACAUCUUAUAUCUUUAUAUACAGUACAUCAUAUAAAAAACAAUACGGAAAAAAUUCUAAAAAAAUCAGCAUUUAUUUGAUAUAAUCUUUAAUUGUUACAAUAAAAAUAAAAUGCCAAGUGCAUUGUUAACUGAUGCAAUGGAAUUAGAGCUUGGAGCUCAAGAACCAUGGCCACAAAUGAUAAAAUUAUAUCAACCUCUUGAAGUGGAGCAAAUAUUGCUACCAGACAAUGCCAAUUGUUUAGCAGUACAAGCUUAUUUACAUAUGUGUAAUUUAGAAUAUCAAAUAGAGCCACGUAAAAAUGCAGAGUUUAUGUCACCAAAUGGUAAAGUCCCAUUUGUACAGUGCGGCGCAUUUCUUAUUUCCGAAUUUGACAAUAUUGUAACAUUUAUAAACAAUAAGGGCACAUCGCUGUCAAAUGAUUUAACUCAGCAAGAAAAAAUAGACAUGAGAGCGUAUAUAUCAUUGAUAAAUAACGGAUUAGCCAAUGCCGAGCAGUAUAUUUGUUGGGUUGAUCCUGUAACACUUGAUAGUGUUACCAAACCAAGACACGGUAACGUUUAUCCUUGGCCUUUAAAUCAUAUUUUGAAUUGGCAGAAACAAAGACAAGUUAUUAAAAAGUUAAAAGUACUAGGACUGUAUAAUAAAAGUAUUGAUGAAAUUUAUCAUGAUGUUAAAAUGUGUUGUACUGCAUUAUCUGAAAGAUUAGAUGGCAAGCCAUAUUUUUAUGGCAACAAGGGACCAACAGAACUUGAUGCAUUAGUAUUUGGUCAUUUAUUUACAAUAUUGACAACACCGUUGCCAGUUAAUAAAUUAGCUGAAAUAGUUAAAAGUUAUCCAGAUCUUGUUGAUUUAUGCAAACGCAUCGAGCAGAGCUUUUUUUCAUCCCUACGUACCGUUGGAAGCUUCAAUUACGAUAAAUUAUUUUCAACAAAAAAUAAUCAAUAUGAUGAUUGUGAUAAUAUAAAUAAUGCUGACAAUGAUAUUGAUAACGAUGAUAAGGAUAAAUUGAUUAGUAAUAAACAAUCAAAUUACUUUUUUUUUCCCAUGCUGUAAAAGCUGAAACAUUUUGAUCUCAAUCAUGAAAACGAUUUUAUU